UUUGUUUUCAAGCAGUCUGUCUGUCACUUUGGUUGUGCUAUGAUUGUAACCGAAAUUUUCUUUUUACUUUGCAUACAAUCAAGUGUUGACGAAACAUAUGCCGAUAACUUAAUUAUUGGACUAAAUAGAAUGUGAAUUAAAAAAUAAUUUAGUUUAUAAUUUAUGUGAACAACGUAAUCAUUUAUAGACGAACAGUGUUUAAGGUUAAUAUAACCUUAGUAUUUAAAACCAUUUUAGCUUAAAUAAUUCCAUUUUAAAAUGAAACAGUAUAUUGAUAAUUAACUAUGUUCUUGAAUUAGCCAUUUGUUAGUGUUGUGUGAUACAUUUAUAUAAUACUCUCGUGGAAUUGAUUGUGCUUAUAACAUGUAUGGCAGUUUGUGAGUAUUAUGUUUAAACAAGACCUAAGACAAGGAAAAUGUCAAACUUGAAAAGUAAUAAAGUCAGUAGCUACACACAAGUUGAACCAGAGUUUGUGGAUAGAUCUCCAGAUAUCAGAAGCAUUAUUGGUCAAGAGAAUAGUGAUGAAGAUUACUUGUCUAAUCGUUUACAAGAAAUAAAUUUAAGAGAAGAAAGCAAGGGCAUUAGGCCACCAUUGGUAGGUCAAGCUUCUUCUUCAUCGAAUGAUAGUGUCUCCUUACCAUUUGAAAGAAAAAUAAGUGAUCUGGAAAGUAGUCAUACUGAAAAAAGUAGCCCAGCUAAUCAAGUAAAAACUGAUACGUUUUUGAAUCCUAAUGUUGAGGUCGAACAAAGUAAUUUGAAUUUUAUUAGAAGUACAUAUGUAUCAACUCCAUAUAUGUUUACUCGUGAUGACUUUAUGAGUCAGCGGCCCCCAGAAGGAUCAUCAGACCAACUAGGAACUGUAAUUCAGCCCUCUGAUAAUUUUGACUUUCCAAGAGUAAGAUCAUCAUCAUCAGUUUCAAGUGUGGCGUCUGGCAGGCCUCUAGAAUGGGAUAGUGGUGCGGAUGUAGGUUAUAACCAAAUUUGUAAUAUUGGAAAAAAUGAUCCUGGCAUGAGUACUAUUGAAAGGAUUGCUCUUGGCUGUGGCACAAAUUUGUUAGCAAGAUCAGAUCCUGAAGGAACAACUGGACCAAGUAGGCAACCUCAAACUGCUGUUUAUAAGGCAAUCUCCUCUAAGAAUCAAGGUAGACCUAACAAUAAACUAGGAUUUCCUAAUGCUGAAUCAACACCUGUAGGUACAUGUGUUACUAGCAAUGUUAGUCCUGAUAACAUUAGUGAAGGUGUAAUAUCACCUAUAGUAUAUGACGCUACAAAUAAAGUACUUAAGGAUAGGGAUAUUUAUCCCUCUUCUGCUUCUGAAGGUGAGCAUUUUGAAAAUCAAAUAUCACCAUCAAUAUCUCACAAAAAUUCUAAAUCAAAGAUUCCUCUGUUUCCAGAAAUAAUUAAUUCUUUACUGCUGUUACCAACACAAGAAGCUCAGAACCAAUCAGAACUUGUCCCAAAUAAUGUAUAUCAAGGUAGUGUUCAACUAAGAAAAGAGGAUGUUAAGAUAAAAAAUGCAAACACAGUAAUUAAGAAUAAUAAAACUGAACUGCUUAAUUUCAAUUCCAAAUUAAAACAACAGUCUUCAUAUAUACCUCAUGAAAACAAUGCAAUUUUUGAUUGUGAAAAUAAAAAAUUAAGUUCAUCUUUAGAAAAUAUACAUUUAAUUAAGGAUACAUCCGAGGGUAAAACUCAUUCAAAAACAUUGCCAAGAAGCCAAAGUCAAAUUGCUAUAUGUACUGACAUGUUAGUUCAUGGGAAUAUUGAAACUGCAAAUUCUAUCAACAUUCCAAAAUAUAAUAUGGCUUUACACAGUUUGGUUCAGUAUAACAAAUCAGCAUCUUCAUCAUCAAUUUCAACUGUUGUACACAGAAGAGAUUCCCCUAAGCACAUGUUUGUGCAGACAUCAGUUUUGAAACAUGAGUCAGUUGGUGUUCAAGUAAGUGAAGGUAAAUAUUCUACCAGGCAUAGUGUUAUUGAGACUGAGGACAUUGACACCCCACAUUUGCAUAAAUUGAACUUGCUGGACCACUAUCCUCAGAAAAGUAACUAUUUCCAUUUUGACUCAAAAAACGAGAACAACAAUUCUUUACCUAACUAUAUCAUUGCAUCAAAAAGAAAUAAAUCUAAUGAACCAAUGGUUCAUUCUCAUGAUGGAGUUAUGUGUAAGGGUGCUCACAAAAAAGUUCCAUGCUUAGAAAAAUUGAAUAGGAAGCCUUCAGAACAUGUAAAUUCAGAUUUUGGUUUUAUGCCUAGUAAUUUUAAUGUUGCUUCAAACACUCACAUUGAUGGAAAUCGGUCUCCUGUUCAUGAUACAUAUGAGACUAAUAAUAAGAAAUCAGCUUUCUGUGCAAAUACUAUGGACAGUGUUGCAAGUAGUAUAAAAAGUGGGUGUUGGACUGACAAACAGUCCUCUGUAACUGUCGAAGAUAGAGUAAACAGCUUUGAAUAUUUACCAGGUCCUGUUUAUGAAAAUAAUGAAAGGCAACAAAUAAUAGAUUCCCGUGGAACUUCUUCAGUUUCUCUUCAUGAUCAAUUGUCCAACAAUGAAACACCUGAUGAACAAAGUAAAACAUGGAACAGUUCUGCUAGUGUGUCAAGCACGUUGGAAAAAGACGUCCAGAGGGGUGUAGAAAUAAUUUCUGAUUUUGUAAAAGGAUCAUGUGCAAAUAAUACAGCAAUGAAAAAAAAAUUAAUUAGAAGAGUUGUUGAAAAAUUGAUUUCAAAAAAUUACUCAGAUGAUAAAUUUAAACCUGUGGAGUUGCAGAACAAUAUACCCUGGGUUCCUUCAAAACCACCCCAUCCUAUUGAAAGAAAUGGAAGGGAAACAAGGAGAUCUGUGAAUAGAUCAAAAGUUCCUUGUGAAUUUUCUUCAAGAUCAGAAAAAAGCGGAAGCACAAAUUUAUCAUCUGAAUGUUUUAUACCUCGACCUGCAGCUAGCAGUACUUUCCUACCAUCAUCUCUCAGAGAUAAUUCAGUUAAGGAAAGUAAUUCUUGUACAACAGAAACGACACCAGAAAACACACCCAAAAACAGGAAACCACCACAUGCAGUGGAUGCUAAUGUCAAGAUUCUUGAAAACGGAUCUGUUUCAAAGGAAUAUGUGGAUUCUUCCUCAAGUAAACAAUCGCGCAAUAGAAACUAUAGAGGAUUAUCAACAAAAACUGAAAAAUUAACUGAAGAAAAACAAAAAAGAUCAUCCUCCAAUGGACGUAGUGAUUCAGGGGCCCUGGCACAAUACCUCAGUAUGGAGCGGGAGAUACAAUUGUUUUCAAUUCGUUCAGAAAUAGAACGUCUCAGUAAUCUUAAAGAGUUGCUGGAAAAACAAGAAGAUCUAAAAAAAGGUAUACAAAUUUUAAAAUCAAGACAAAGAUCACCCAAAAAAUCGGUUUUGAAAGACAGAAACACUAACAGGUAUGUUGGAGGUAAAGCAGAGUCUAGAAUACCAGAAGGGAUGAGGAAAGACCCUAGCUCUAAAUCACAGGAUUUACACAAGCCAACAUUAAGUAGUUGGUUAGAAGAUGUUAUGGCAGACUCCAAAUCAAAUUCUACUGUACCUUCAGCUGUUUCAACAAAUGACUUGGAAGGCUGGACCUCUCAUCAUUAUAAAAAUGAAAACGAUGAAAACAUAAAAUCAUGUAUGAAAAGAAAAAGUAAUCAUAAAGUUCAGAAAAGUAACAAAGGAGUUUGUCCAGACGAUAAACAAAGUAAAGCUAUCUAUGACGAACCUUAUAGAGGAAGGACAGAGGGGGUGAAACAGCCCAGAUACCCGUCUACACCUUACCGCCCAAGAAACAAGACUCGCCUGGAUGAUAGUAUCUUCAUAACGGACAAAGGCAUCACAAAGAAGAAUGUGGAAACUGAGACCCUGGAUACAGUGGGUGUGCAAACUUCGGAUUCUAUACAACAAUUGCCAGUGGUUCACCCAAACUGGUUCAGACACAAACACAAACAGUCCCAGAACUGUAGUGACAGGGGUAAGACUCAUCAACAGGAGAAGCAGAAAGCCCCUAUUGGCUACUGUAUAACCUUCGAGCCUUCACCCAGACCACCGGACAAGCUAAUUAAUGAGCCGCAGCCUCUGAAAGAAGUACGUAUUCCAGUUCCAAUGAGUGAACCAAAACAGAGGCCACCGAGACAUCUAAGAGCGGGAGUCAAUAGACGAGAAUGUGAGAGUGCGAGAGAAGUGAGGGUGGAGAGUGACAGUGGCACAGAGACUGCCACCAGUCAGAGUGAUAGUGACAAACAGCCUAUUUCUAAGGUUGGUUCGGGUGAGCUGCAGUACUACUUACUGCGCAAUCGACCGUCAUAUGUGAGCAGAGCCGAGGACCGGCGGCGGUGUAUUGCCCAGAUGCAGUAUCUGCGAGAAUUGCGGGAUCAUAGCAAGCGCCGUCUCCUAAGUCUCACAGAACCUCAGACAGCACCCCUUCCACCACCAGAUGUGAAGCGGGUGUUCAGCCAGCAGACGAUGCGCCGCCAGACGGAACGCAAGUACAGACAGCUGACAGAAGUGAGAGAGAGACAGCAGGAUACCAAGAGGAAGGAGAGCUACCGCACCAACAGGCUUAUGGCUGAGAUAUUCAAAAAGAAAUUGCAGAAACGAGUUUUGAAAGGAGAAGUGAAUCUUUCUAAUAGUGUCAGUGUUAUCUCUAGUCUAUAGGUCUAGGUGUUGUCACUACUGGCCUUUGGGCUUUCAGUUGUUUUAAUAAGUGAAACUCGAAAAACAGAAUGCAUUAUAUUAAUAAAUCUUUUUUUAGUUUUAUAA